AUGAUAGCGGAGGUGCUUUUGCUGCUUUCGGGACAUGAAUCAUCCCUCUUUGUCCCAUCGACUUCGACAUCAGGACCAUCAACGUUGAUCGCUUCACCUCAUUUAACCGAAUACCUCCAUCCAGGUGAAAUCACAUCACUUAACGCUCUCGCUGGGUUAGCAUGGAAAUAUCGUAGUAUCAAAUCAUGGGCCACUGACGUUCAACGUAAAGGCAGAGAAGCCAUUCUAUCCGAAAGUCUAUCAUCGACGAAAUGGAAAGGUAAACAACGUGAAAUCCCUACUUCAAACACGAACAACGGGACACCUAAUGUGUACCUUACGACAUUAGCUAAUUCAAUGAUAAACUGUCUUGGCGAAUAUGAAGUCUCAAUAGUGGAAACUGAAAGUAAGAUCUUAUCGUUUGAAUCAACACUAGUUCAAGAUGAUCAAGGUUAUGUCCCACUGUCAAGUUUAGUAGCUACAUUUGAUAAAUGGCAAAUCCCACUUACAUCACUCUCAUCCCUAAUUGAAGAAAUCUCCAGCUCCCCGUCUACCUCUAUCUGCACUUCGAAAUCGACGUCAAAAGAGGUGAUAAGACGGUCCCCGGCACAGUUGAUCAAUCUGUUAGAAGACAAGCAGCAAACUGGAAACCCAUUUUUACAGAAGAUAUACACGAAGAUCUUAUCCUCUUUAAAUCAAUUGUUCUUGACACACCUUAUAUCAUUUUUACUGUACGGAAUCGCACCUUCAGAAUCAACACCAACGAAUCCGUGCCUAGCAUUGGACGUAGGAGCAGAUCCACUUUCACCAAAACAUAGGAUAUACAAGCUGAACACCGAUCUACUUCCUUCGUCCAUCAACGCAAAAACUAGAGAAAGCAUAUUGUAUAUAGGUAGAGUGGCUGCCACGCUGAAAAGAGAAGGAAGGAGUUUGCCGAAGACUCUAGUCGAAGGCGUCAGAGAGGAAGUAAUGGGUGUCAAAGCGUUGGACGAAUUUAGUGGUUUAGACCAAGCUAUACUAAGGGCUCGGGCUGAAGUUGGAGAAUGGCUAUGGAGACAUAUAUUGACAGGUCCACAAAUCAUAGAAUCAAUCGAGUCAUUGUCGAAUUACUUUUUGACUCGAAAGGCUGAUCUGUCACUUUCCUUUUUACGUGAACUUGAUCGAUUGAAACUUGAUAAACUGAUUUUAUCAAAUCCGCAUUCAUCUUCAUCUGUAAUCCGAGAGCAGGAUUUAGAUCUCGCUUUACUUCGAGCGAGUGUAGGUACAUCAGCCGAACAUGAUCGAUCCAUUGAAAACCUGAAAUUCAAGUUGGAAAGAGGACCUUUGAGAGCUUUGGUACCGUCGUCGACUCAUUCAACGAGACAUCCUCAGUCUGAUCUUGAAGGAAAAAAAUCACAUGUAUAUCGACUUUUCUCUUCUGCAUUAUUAGGUACUCCGAUUUCAAUGAUUACAUCUUUAACAUGGCCAUUGGAUUUAUUCCUUUCUCCCAAAUCAAUAUCGAUAUAUUCAGAUAUCAACUCGUACCUCCUAUCCAUAAGAGAUACUCAUCUGAAGAUGACGGAUACUUGGUCUUCCCUCAGUAAUUCACAAAGAAGAAGAAGGAAAUGGACAGGUAACAAUGAAGGCGGUUCUCUCGAUAAUGAGAUUCAGUCGAGAAAGCAGUUAAUUAGGUCUUCUUGGGGUUUGAUACGAUUAAUGACAUGGUUCAUCAACUCACUGCUGGGUCAUUUCAUGGAUAUCAUCGAAGUUCAACAUCGUCAUCUAUUGAAGCAGAUUGAUAUCGACGAAGGAACAAAAGAAGGUUUAACCUCAUCGACAAGAGGGAGUUUAAGAGGUUCGAUAAACACGAAGGGAUCUACACCGGCUACGAGGAGAGGUACAUCGUCGAACAAAGAUGAAGGGCUAAAUCUACCUCAUUCCCCUUUGUCCGAAAGUCAUACUCACACGCAGACUGUAUGGGAAGAAAGAACAAACAAAAGCAACAAAGCUCCGCCUACGCCAACCAAGCAGAACAAUUAUCUGGACUUUUUGACCUUGAGACAAAUACACUCCAGACAUUUGACAUUCCUCCUGGAAGCAUUACUUCUUUCAGAUCCAUCGAUAGCUGCACUAGUGAGAGAUAUCCUAGAAACGUGUAAGCGAUUCACUGGAUUAGUAGAACGUUGGGGUGGGGAUGUGUUACCUUCUUUGUUGGAAGAAAGCGGUUCUAGUGAGAUGAUCCACGAACGGACUAGUCUGAUAGGUGAAGUCAAUGAAAAAUUGCAAGAAUUGAUUCUGGAUUUCUUUUCUGCUCUUCUGGAUUCUCAAAAUCCCCCUUCGUCUUCCAUCGAUCCCGAUAAAUCUUCUACUGAGGGAAAGAGCUUUUCAAGGACAGCUAGAGUGAAUCAGAUCAGUAGAUUGAUAUCCAGAACUUCCUUCUCCGGCGCAGGUUCAUUAGGUAAUAAGUCGACAACGAAGGCAGGAGAAAGGAACGGUGAGGCUGAUUUUGGUAUGGAACGACAUGUAGAGCAUCUGCUGUUGCGAUUGGAUUUCAAUGGAGUCUUAACCCUAUGGAGAGAAAAGGAUUUGGAAGGUGAAGACACUGGUUUAGGCAGUGUAUUGCCACAAAGAGGGGUAUGA